UAACCCUAAGUGAACGUGAGAUAUAGACAUCGCCGCACCCACGCUCAUUUCACAAGCAGCGAAUCACACCUCCGUUUCCUCCGCCGAGAUGGAAUCGUCUAAGAACUCUCUGAUCCCUAGCUUCCUCUACUCCUCCUCCUCGUCUCCUCGAUCCGUUCUCCUCGACCAGGUCCUUAACUCCAACUCAAACGCCGCGUUUCAAUCCCCCAACAACCUCGAGAAGAAGUCUCCUUCUCCGACGAUGGUGUCUCGCAAGAACUUCCUCAUCGCCUCCCCCACUGAGCCGGGGAAAGGGAUCGAGAUGUACUCUCGCGAUUUCUACGCCGCGUGUACCGUCGGUGGGAUUCUCAGCUGCGGUCUCACUCACAUGGCCGUCACACCUCUCGAUCUCGUCAAGUGCAAUAUGCAGAUUGAUCCGGCCAAGUACAAGAGCAUCUCGUCUGGCUUUGGGGUUCUGUUGAAGGAGCAAGGAGUGAGAGGCUUUUUCCGUGGAUGGGUUCCUACACUGUUGGGUUACAGUGCUCAGGGCGCUUGCAAGUUUGGGUUCUACGAGUUCUUCAAGAAGUACUACUCUGAUCUCGCUGGACCCGAGUUCGUGGCCAAGUACAAGACGCUUAUCUACCUUGCUGGUUCUGCUUCCGCUGAGGUUAUUGCCGAUGUUGCGCUUUGUCCCUUUGAAGCUGUCAAGGUUAGGGUUCAGACGCAGCCUGGGUUCGCUAGGGGGAUGUCUGAUGGGUUUCCCAAGUUUGUCAAGUCUGAAGGAUACGGAGGGUUGUAUAAGGGUCUUGCUCCCCUCUGGGGUCGUCAGAUUCCUUACACGAUGAUGAAGUUUGCGUCGUUUGAGACCAUUGUGGAGAUGAUCUACAAGUAUGCUAUCCCCAACCCGAAACACGAGUGCAGCAAAGGACUGCAGCUAGGUGUUAGUUUUGCUGGAGGGUAUGUUGCUGGAGUGUUUUGCGCCAUUGUGUCUCACCCUGCUGACAAUCUCGUGUCGUUCCUCAACAACGCUAAGGGAGCAACCGUUGGAGAUGCGGUGAAGAAGAUCGGAAUGGUGGGACUAUUCACCAGAGGGCUUCCUCUGAGAAUUGUGAUGAUAGGGACGUUGACUGGAGCUCAGUGGGGUUUGUACGAUGCCUUCAAAGUGUUUGUUGGCCUGCCAACCACCGGUGGUGUUACUCCAGUCCCUGCCGCCAAAGCCUAAAGACUUAAAUGAUGAUGAAAAUGGUUAGGAUUUUUGUUUGGAAAGAAACAAAUAAAAAAAAACGUAUGAUGAGGCAGAGUGAGCUCAUCCUCCGGAUUCAAUCUGUUAUUAUUUUUUUUGAAAUUUGUGUUACUUAAUUCAGGAUUGUUCCCAAACUCAAAGAUAGAGAUAGUGGGAACAUCCAUUUUUACUACUUUUGCUCUGUUAAAUUUCAAAAUCUCGUUUUGUUGCUAUUUUUGGUUGGUCUCCCCAACUUUACGACUUUACUAUUACGCCAAGUGUUACUAUUUUGUUUU